AUGACUAUGUUUACUUCUGCUGAUUGGAAGACAACUAAGGUUGCAUCAACUCCUGAAGGAAUAAGAGUCCAAAAUAUGCCCUUGGAUAGUAGGCUAUGGAAGAAUAUUGUCAUAUGCCUCAAGGCUGCUAUUCCUCUCAUUACAGUCCUUCGUUAUGAACCUAUAUGGGAAAUUAUUGACGGAAGGUGGGAAAGCCAACUGCAUAGACCAUUGCAUGCAGCUGCGUAUUAUCUUAAUCCUCAUUAUCACUAUGAACUAAAUUUCAUGGUUGAUGAUGCUGACAUUAAGAUUGGUCUAUAUAGUUGUUUGAAAAAACUGGUUCCUAACCAGGAAGAAAGGAAAAAAGUUGGUCUACAGCUUCCUGACUUUCAUUAUGCUAGAGGCCUCUUUGGUAAUAAAACUGCAAAGAGUAGUAGGAAGACCAUGCUACCUGCUGAGUGGUGGGACUUCUAUGGAGAUAGUUUUCCAGAAUUAAAGAAGUUUGCUAUCCGAGUUCUAAGCUUAACUUGUAGUUCAUCUGGUUGUGAGCGUAAUUGGAGUGCAUUUGAAAUGGUUCAUACAAAAAGAAGAAAUCGGUUGCAUCAAAAGAAAAUGAAUGAUUUAGUGUAUGUGAUGUAUAAUUUGAAGUUAAAGGGCAAGCAAAUUAGAAAAAGUCCAGAACUUGAAUUUGAUGCAGUGCAUUCUGAUGAUGAGUGGAUAACUGAGAAUGUUAAUGAAAAUAUUGUUGAAAGUGUUGAGCAUUCUCACUUGUCAAUGAAUGACAAUACUAACGAUGAUCCAAAUAGUAAUGAAUUUAUUAUUCCAGAAGAUCUGAUAGAAGAGCAAAACAGAGAGAUUCAGAGAGGAGAGAGAGCUCGCCUCACUGUCGUCGUUGCCGUCGCCACCGCAGUUCAUCGCCUCUCCAGAUCUGGUUGCAACGCCCAAGCCUCUGAGGAUGUUCCAUUACGAAGUGGGGUGUAA